UCAUGGGUGUAUGCCAGUCAUGCGCAUCCGAAGUAUACGAACCUGAUCCAUCGGGUGGUAGAACACGAAGAGCUUCACACUCACCACCAACAUGCACAAUGGGUCUAGAACCCAACUAUGUAAGUCAUGCUACUACCUAAACACCCUCUAACCAAUCCCAUAAUCCCACCCCAAGCCCCCAAGGUGCCUACGGAGACAUUUCGGAGACAUUACUUCUCGGCCACGAAGCACAGCCCAUUCCCUCAAUGCCAGACCAAGGUAUAAAAGGCAUCUCAAUCUCAAUCAAUUCCCAUACAAACCAACAAUCUUCCCAGUAUAAUCUCUCAAUCACCUCCAUCAUCUAAUCUAUUCCCAAAUCCAAACCCCAAUCAACAUAUCUCAUCAACCAAAAUGCCCAAACUCUCCCCAACAACCUACUUCACCCCAACCUUCGUAAAGCGCUACUACAUCGCCGAGAAGCUCACCGGGGUAUUUGUCGACCCUCUGAUCGAGCAGUCCGGCAUCCUGAAUCCAUCCCCUCAUCCCCGGGUUAUCCUCGACAAUGCCUGCGGGCUGGGCAUCGUAUCCAGCCACCUGAACCGCACCCUCGAGGAAGAAGUCAAAAAACAGUGGACCUUAACCUGCGGGGACGUGACAGAGAUGAUGGUGGAGCAUACAAAGUUAAGGAUUGAGAAAGAGGGGUGGGUUGGUGCGGAGGCAAGGGUCGUGGAUGCUCAAUGUACGGGGUUGGAAGGGGGGAAGUAUACGAAUGUGUUUACGGCUUUUGCGUUCAUGAUGCUUCCUGAUGCGAGGGCUGCGAUGAAAGAAUGUUUUCGUAUUCUCCAGCCGGGAGGCGUGCUUGCGACUUCGACGUGGAAGAUCUCGACUUGGAUCGUUCUCAUCAAAGAAGCAAUCGAUACUAUGCCUGGAGGGCUCAAGUUCCCUAAUAUGAAAGAGUUCCUGGGUAUGCAUAAUGAAGGAUGGGAUGAUGAGUCGUUUGUGAAGGAGCGGUUUGAAGAGGAGGGGUUUCAAGAUGUGAAGGUUACUACGGUUGUGAGGGAGACUUCGUUGACUAUAUCUGAGUUCAUGGAGAUUAGUCAGGGUGUCAUUUCUAUUGUGAUCGGUGCGUUCUGGACUCCCGAGCAGCGGGAGCAGCAUGAGGCGAAUGCUCUGGUGGUAGUCAGGGAGUAUUUGGAAGAGAAGUUUGGGGCUGAUGGAGUGGUUAGGAUGGAGCCGGUAGCGGUCAUUGCGGCGGGAAGGAAGCCUUAGGAGGAUUUUGAAGAAUUCACUAUCAGUCAUUGAAGUCAUUUGAUUUCGAUAAAUGUCCUGUCCCGGACCAACCACUAAGCCUAGAGAAACACCUGUUGCUCGGUAGUACAGCACCUGAACAAUCAUCUGGUAACUGGCAGUGAACCUAACGCCAUGCUGAUCCAGCCCUAUCUUUCUCAGAUAUUCAUGAACCAUGCGGAAAUCCAACCCGCGCAAGACCCCGGUUAGGAUCCAUUCGGUUGU